AUGCGUUCGUGUUGUGAGGGAGGUGCUGAAGAGAGAAAUACAGAGACGUCGCUGGUCGGAAUGGAUCUAGAAGAAGCUUCAGUUGAGCUGAUGGAACGGGUAUUGGAAUCAUUGGGCGACGAAAUUGAUAUUGACGAUUUGGUUAGUGACGGGGAAGGUGACGAUGAUACGACUGAUUACGAGGACAGCAAUGAGUUGAGAGCAGUGCAAUUGCCGGAGACAUCGGAGUCACAGCAGAAGCAGGAUAUCGUGAAGGAUCGCUUGGGAAGUUCGCCUUUACCUAUGAGUAAUCCAAUGGAUUCUGGGAACGUUUCUUCCGAAACUAUGAGUCAGGAUUUGCCCGUGGGUAACCAGCGUGUCUCUGGGGAAUCUGCUUAUGCUGAAAAAUGUUCUGCUUUUUCACUGAAGACAAUCUCAUCUCGAAAUGGAUAUAGAUCAUUGAACAAAACACUCAUUAAGGCAAUUGAUAACAUCGUUGAACGGUCAUUAACGGAUGAAUUCUCUUCGAAACAGUCACAAUUAAAUCCACGAAAAUCGCGUACCACAACCCCAUCCGGUACCAGUUUGAGUGGACAAGAGGAAGAUGAUGAAGGGGAAGGGGAACUGAUGGCCAAGAUGUUCACUCGGUCGAUGGGCAUCGCUGCGGUUGGCGAUGAUGAGAAAGGUUGGUUCGUUAUCAUUAUCUUAUCAUAUCAUAAGGAUCCAUGA